GCCAAAGACCUAUGUGUCUACUUUCCGGUUGGCCCUCAAUCCUAAAGCCAGACCUCUCUGUGUGGGGAAGAGAGAAAAAGAAAAUGGACUGGAUACCACUAACACGGCAGCGAUGGGAAUCAACAAACUGAGAGUCUCAUCUGCAACAGCCAGGCAGACGCAAGUCCAGGCCCUAACAUCACCUCACUUCAAAGAACCACUCCAGGACUGUACCGUCUGCGAAGGAAGCGAUGCUACAUUUCAAGGUGUUGUCACAGGAAGUUGGCCUCUGAGAAUUUCCUGGCAACACAAUGGUGUGAAGGUGCCUUCACGUAAUACUUCCUUCAAAGAUGGCGUUGCCGUUCUGGUUCUGACCCGGUGUUCCCGUGGAAAUGCUGGGACGUACACCUGCACAGCUGAGAACGCUGCUGGAAAACAGUCAAGCAGUGCCGUGCUACACGUCACAGAAGCAGCAACAAAGGAAAUCCCCAGAUCAAGCAACCAUGAGCACAGUGAAGGUCACAUUCACGGCUGCAUCACGUGAAAAUACCCAAUUGUCCCCAGCUUCUAAAGGGAAAAGCCAGCACAGAGAAGAAAAGAACAAAGUCUCCACAGAUAUCACAGAUGCCAACCUUCACACAGAAGUCUCCACUAGCAAGGGGCCUCCUGUGGAGUUUCGAGACCCCCCUGAGCAGGUGGAGGUUCGGGUAGGAGAGAAGGCCCGGCUACAUUGUGAGUUCAUUAGCAGCUGUGUCCCUGUGGCCUGCUGCUGGAUUUACAACAGAGACAAAGUGGUAGUAAGAGGACCAAGGGUGUCUGUCGGGAGCAGUAAGACUCAGAGCAGCGUGGAGAUCUCUAAGGCCUGUGCAGAAGACACAGGCUCGUACACUGUCGUAGUACGAAACCGAAAAGGCUCUGCCCAGCACACUGUCUCCCUCAGUGUCAUAGACCGACCUGAUCCACCAGCAUCCCAACCCGUCACUUCCAAGCUGUCCACCAAGUCUCUGGUCCUGUCCUGGUCUGGCCCCAGCUACGACGGAGGCACAGCUGUGCUGGGUUACAUUGUGGAGGUCAGACAAGAGGGCCUGACCAAGCCCCAGAGCUGGACUGAAGUAUCAACCCGCUGCAAAAACACGUCCUACCACAUCCGCUCGGGCCUGGAGCCUCAGGGGCAGUACCGCUUCCGUGUCAGAGCCUACAACUCAGCAGGGGUCAGCGAACCGAGCCAGGAGUCUGACUGUGUCAAGAUGGCAACGACGAAGGAAAAGAAGGAAGAACCUGAGACGUAUGUCACCGUGACCAUUGACACAAAACACAAGGUCAAGGAUCACUACAAUGUGCAUGAACAGCUGGGAGUAGGAAAGUUUGGCCAGGUAUUCCGGAUGACCCAUAAAAAGACAGGCCAGGAGUGUGCAGGGAAGUUCUACAGAGCCCGGACCUCCAAGGAAAAGGCAGCGGCCCGCAAGGAAAUUGAACUGAUGAACUGUCUCCACCACCCAAAACUUGUCCAGUGUCUGGCUGCCUAUGACACACGCUCAGAGAUGGUCAUGGUCAUGGAGUACAUUGCGGGCGGAGAGCUCUUUGAACGCAUCGUGGACGACAACUUUGAGCACACAGAGCCCACCAGCGCCCGCUACAUGCAGCAGAUCCUGGAGGGCAUGCAGUACGUCCACAAGCAGAACAUCAUCCACCUUGAUCUGAAGCCGGAGAACAUUGUCUGUGUGGACACCACUGGCACACGGAUUAAGAUCAUUGACUUUGGCUUGGCCAGUAAACUGGAGGAUGGUAAACCUCUGAUGGUGAUGCAUGGCACACCUGAGUUUGUGGCUCCCGAGGUGAUCAACUAUGAGCCUGUGGGUCUGGAGACAGACAUGUGGAGCAUUGGAGUCAUCUGCUUCAUCUUGCUCAGUGGAGAAUCUCCCUUCCAGGGCAACAGCGAUGCUGAGACUUUUGCUCUUGUGACCGCUGCUAGCUAUGAGUUUGACGAGGAAAGUUUUGAGGACAUCUCAGAUCAAGCCAAAGACUUUAUCAGCUCCCUGCUGAAGAAAGACCAGAGAUGCAGAUUGUCAUGUACAGGGGCCCUUGCCCACCCCUGGAUGGCCUCUUUUACCCCUCUGAACCGUAGACCCACCAAGUCCCUCAGAAAGGAGAAGAUGAGGCGUUUUCUGGCCAAACGCAAGUGGAAGAAAACUGGCAAGGCUGUUUUGGCCCUACAGCGGAUGGCUAACCUCUCCAACAGGCCAGACUCUCCUGGCAGCUCCUCAGAGGAGCCAAGCUGGAGCCAAGAGGCAGAGGAGGCUAUCCAAUCGCUGGAUAAGCAGCUACAGAGUGAACCUUCCUUCCAGCAGGCCCUGAAGGACACCACCCUUCCUAAAGGAGUGACUGCUCAGCUAAGAUGCCUUGUCAAUGGUUACCCGCAGCCGAAGGUGAAGUGGCUUCAGAACGACAAGCCGGUGUCUGAAUCGAGCAGAGUGACCGUGGAGCAACGGGAGGACGGCCUCUGUUCUCUUGUUCUGGCUGAUCUGAAGCUUUCUGACUCUGGGGUUUACGUGUGCAGAGCAAGCAACAAGCUGGGGGAAGCGAUGUGCUCUGCCAAACUCAAAGUGACGAUGUGACCCCAGUGACUUAAAAAAUUCCCUCCUCUAGGAAGGGGUUUCUCUAGAAGCAGAGUUAUUUUUACGGUUUGAUGAAGCCUGGACUUUGAGAUGUCAUGUCUGUACAUGGAUGGAGAGACGCCAGUACCACAGAAAAUGGUUGCAUUCAUACAAUUGGUUUUGGAUACAUAUACCCAGAGUCCUUCGUUUCACACAUCACCAGUUACUAGCGCACUUACGAAUUAAGUUUUCUUCAAUACGCGUUCAGGAUGUUCAGCUACCAGUGCACAAGGUUUUGUUUUACUGAAGUAAGGUGAUAUUAUUUUACUGUGGCUGAGCUCAGCACCGUUCACACAGCGAGUCACACAAAAACUGUACAUUUUGCACAUUUUACAUAUUGUUCAGGUGUAAAUGAUUUAAGGUCAUUAAAGCUAAAAUCAAAAUGA